ACCCCUUACGCGCUUGUGCCUGUGCGGGUUAAGAGGGAACUGCGUGUGAGCCGUUGCGACUCCGCUGCCCGUCCCCCCGGAUGGCGUCGGGAGGCCGGGUAGUCGCUGCUUCCUUCUCACCGUGGCCGAGAAAGCUUUAGUUAUGCCGGAGAUAGUGCGUCAAACGUGUCCAGCCAGCCUUCAUCUCUAUUCCCUCCCUCGCUGGUGGCAAUUUGCCUUUUCUUUUCCGGAUAGGAGCUGUGUGAGGGUGGUGGAGACAUCUGCCCCUUACCUUUUCUGGAGAGAUCCAAAAGUUUCCUCUCUUAAGACGACGAAGACGGUGUGGAGAUGUAGUUCUGUAAAACAAAACAAAAACUUUACAUUUAAAUGCUGUGUCAAGAGAUUAGCCGCGUUGCGCUACCCCACUGCCAGUGAUUAGGGUUGUCUUCAACAGCCCAUUCAUUAGCUGUCCGUCUGUGGGGCAGAAGGAAACAUAAGUCUCCCUCCUUAGACCUCACUCAGUCACCAAGACUUUUCAUGAUAUUUACUAAGUUUAACAUUACUUAAGAAAAUGGUUUUUUUUUCAGGGUAAGAUUGAAAUAAAUUACUCGAUAUUUACUUCAAAAAGUUGCAGUAGGCUGUUCAGUCACCCUGCCAGAGGUUACAAAUUCAGCCCCCAAAAAAUCUGUUGUAAAAGGGAACUUGUGUUUAUGUAGAACUUUGCUGUACAGCUAGGAUUUUAGAGUUUCACCCUAUCUGAAAGAAGAGACAAUUAUAACAAUAUAAGUGAAACUCAGAAGAGGUUGGUGUGUGUGUGUGUGUGUGUGUGUGUGUGUGUUGAUAUCAAAGUAUAAAGUACUGCUGGGGAGGGGGGUCUAACAAGAAGGGGACAGGGGAAUAAGAAUUAUGAUAAAAAGCAGUAGGACAUGUUUCUAAUGUGGAAUUUAGAUUUAUAUGAGCUGUAUGUCUGUGUGCAUGUGUGUGACAUGGAAGCAGAAGAGGCUUUGGGAGGAGGAAGAGGACCAGUGGUGUGUGCCAUGUAAGCAAAGUACACACACAUAUGUGUCAUGUAUGUUAUAUCUAAUGAAGCCCAUUAUUUGCUAUGUCAACUAAAAAUAAUGAAAAGGCAGGAAAGACAAAGAGAUUGCAAGGGGCUGGGAAGUUCAGAGCAAGAUUGCUUUGCUACUGUUUUUGAUGAUGGUAGGGGUAAGAAAAGAAGUAAGCCCUCGUCCUCGUGGUGCUUGUCUCAAAUGGCAUUAAUCAGAGGAGAGUUUGGGGCUGCAGACAUGUGCGGUUCAGUCUUGGGCAUGUUGAUUUUCUUAGAAGGUAUUUGCUUGAGGAUAAGUUAUCUAAAGAGAAACAAAUUCGACUUUGACAGACUCACAGAAACCCGAACAGAUUUUUUUUUUUUAACCUUGAUUGUUGUUGUUCAGUCCUGUUCUCCAGCAGAGGUCACCCAUGAGUGUCUGGAAGGGAAAAGGUUGAAUUGUACAAGCUAGAUAGAGCCUUUAUUCUUUUUGUUUUGCUAUGUUUCUUUUUAUUACUUGAGAAUUUUGAUCAUAUCCACCCUCUCCUCCAACUCCUCCUAGAUCUAUAUCCCAUUCCAUUACCGUUCAACUUUGGGUACUCUCUCUCUCCCCAUUGACUUCAAUUAGAGUUACCUGUAUUCCUUUGGGUGUGCGGCUACCAUUGGAGUGUUUGACCUGCUAGGAGUCACUCAUGAAGAAAAGAACUAAAAGAAGGAUAUGACUGCUCCUAGCAUUUGAAAACCUUUGGGCUAUCUGAUGAUUAUGGCAUCAAGAAACAUCUGGUGUGUGGGAAGGAGCUUCCUCUUUGGUUCAAGAGGUUGGAUGACCCAAUAUUCAGCAGAAAUUUUCCUGAAAGCAGUUUCAUUUAGGCCUUUUACUGUGAAACAUAACAGUCACAGAGAGCCUUUGGAGAAUGCGGACCUACUGAACAACUUACUCACCAUGGGAGUUGAUAUUGCCAUGGCAAGGAGACGACAGCCUGGAGUUUUUAACAGGAUAGCUACAAAUGAGCAGGAACUGAAAGUAUUCCUUCUGUCCAAAGGAGCCAGUGACAAAAUGAUUGGUAAUAUCAUAUCAAGAUACCCACGAGCCAUAACACGCAAUUCUGAAGGUCUUUCAAAACGGUGGGAGCUGUGGAGAAAGAUUACGGCAUCAGACAUUGAAAUAAUAAAUAUUUUGGAGCGUUCUCCUGAAUCCUUUUUUCGGUCUGAUAACAACCUGAACUUAGAGAAUAAUAUAGAGUUCCUCUGCUCUGUUGGAUUGACUAACAAAAGCCUCUGCCGGCUGUUGACCAGUGCUCCUAGGACUUUCUCCAAUAGCCUGAAUUUGAAUAAACAAAUGGUUGAGUUUUUGCAGGAGACCAGUGUGUCCUUAGGUCACAAUGAUCCCAGAGCUUUUGUCAGGAAGAUACUUUCUAAAAAUCCUUCCAUCUUGAUUCAGAGCACCAAACGGGUAAAAACGAACAUUGAAUUUUUACAGUCAACGUUCAACUUAAACAAGGAGGACCUGCUGCUUCUGAUAUGUGGUCCAGGAGCUGGAAUCCUCGAUCUUUCCAAUGAGUGUACCAAAAGAAACUACACAAAUAUCCGAGAGAAGCUGCUUUCUCUUGGAUGCUCUGAUGAGGAGGUACAGAAGUUUGUCCUAAGCUAUCUGAACAUGGUCUUCUUGUCAGAGAAAAAGUUCAAUGAGAAAAUAGACUGCCUCAUAGAAGAAAAAGUCAGCAUUUCACAAAUAAUUGAAAAUCCUAGAGUUUUGGAUGCAAGCGUUAAUACUUUAAAAACUCGAAUGAAAGAGUUGGUACAUGUUGGGUAUGACUUGAGUUCAUCAAGCAUUGCUCUCCUGUCCUGGAGUCAGAAAAGAUAUAAAGCCAAAUUGAAAAGAUUGAAUGGAUAGGACAAUGUUAGAAGAGUAUUGGUGCUAUUUCUACUUUGGAUGGUUCAAAAUGAAAGCUUUAUUUUUGUAAAUAAAUAUUUAGGAAAUGUUUAAGAUUA